GCUGUAAUUGCAGACAUCUCUCCAGCCCUGACUCUACCCCUUUCAAAAGGUCCUACAAGAGAAAGGUUCAGGGAGUGAAGUUCCCUGCCAAAGAACACAUAGCUCAUGCAGGGGACGUUCAGAUAAGAGUCGGAGCUCUUGACGUCACUUAACGGACAUCACUAGAAUCUGCAGAAGAUCUCACACAGGUGCAAAAAGUCUUGCUGCCAAACAGCCCAGUGCUAUGAAUUCAAGGCCAGUCCAAUGGCUUCCGACAGGAGACAUUACAACUGAAACCACAGAAUACAAAGGAUCAUUAGAGUUUAUUAUGUACAACAGAUUUGAUAACACAGCAAAAUGAACAAAUUUCUGGAACUUGCCAAAAUUAAAUCAUGAUGAAACAGAAAAUCUGAACAGAACAGUAACAGAUAGCAAGGCCUUCGUUCCACGUGGUGCAAGAUCAGAAGCUUCGUCCAGGAUGUUGGCAUCAUCUGCCUGGCAGGUGGCCCAGGGUGUGGCCUGAGGGGCCAAGAGACACCACUAUAUAGCCCAGUCAAGGAGAUGACCCUGUAGCUCCAGGGACCUGCAGGCAUGGCAUCCCUGUGGAGCUGGCGGACGCUGUGGACAGGAGCAGCCCUCCUGUGGGCUCUGAUCUCCCUGGGGGAGCCCUCCUGCCAAGGCGUUCAGUGUGCAGCUGGACAGCGCUGCCAGGUGGCGAAUGGAAAGACCAGGUGUAUGACAGAGUCCACGGCUGUCUGCCGUGCCCAGGGUGACCCCCAUUACACCACCUUUGAUGGCCGUCGCUAUGACAUGAUGGGCACCUGCUCCUACACCAUGGCUGAGUUAUGUGGGACAGAUGAGACCCUGCCUGCCUUCAGCGUGGAAGCCAAGAACGAGCACCGGGGCAGCCGCCAAGUCUCCUACGUGGGCUUGGUCACCGUGCAUGCCUACAGCUACCGUGUGUCGCUGGUCCGUGGGGAAAUUGGCUUUGCCCGGAUCAACAAUCAGCGCUCACGCCUGCCGGCCUCCCUGAGUGGGGGUCGCCUGCGUGUGUACCAGAGUGGGACGCGCGGCGUGGUGGAGCUGGACUUUGGGCUGGUGGUCACCUACAACUGGGAUUGCCAGCUGACCCUGCGCCUUCCCAAGCGCUUCCAAGACCAAGUGUGUGGGCUGUGUGGCAACUAUAACGGCGACCCUGCUGACGACUUCCUCACGCCUGACUGGGAGCAAGCUACUGAUGCUGUGGAGUUUGCAAAUAGCUGGAAGCUGGAUGAUGGUGACUUCCUGUGUGAUGACGGCUGCCACGGCAACUGUCCCUCCUGUACGGCAGGCCAGAUCCAGCACUAUAAGGGAGACCGUGUCUGUGGCAUGCUAACUCUGCCCUCAGGCCCCUUCUCAGCAUGCCACGAAUCCCUGGACCCCAAGUCCUUCCUGGAAGAUUGUGUGUAUGACCUGUGUGUGACCGGAGGGGAGCGGCUCAGCCUGUGCCGGAGCCUCAGCGCAUAUGCCCAGGCCUGCAUGGAGCUGGGCUUCUCCCUUGGAGACUGGAGAUCACCAUCCAAUUGCCCAAUGUCCUGCCCGGCCAACAGCUUCUACGACUCCUGCAGCCCCGCGUGCCCGGCCUCCUGCAAUUCUGAAGCAGCUCCAGCCAACUGCUCGGGGCGGCCGUGCGUGGAGGGCUGCGUGUGUCUCCCGGGCUUCGUGGCCAGCGGCGGCGCGUGCGUGCCGGCCUCCUCGUGCGGGUGCACGUUCGAGGGUCGCCCGCUGGCGCCGGGCCAGGAGGUGCUGGCGGACGACCUGUGCCGGAGACGCUGCACCUGCGACGGCGCCACCCAGCAGGUGACCUGCCGCGACACGGCGGGCUGCCCGGCGGGCGAGCGCUGCCGCGUGCAGGACGGCCUCCUGGGCUGCUACCCCGACAUCUUCGGCCACUGCCAGGCGACCGGGGACCCGCACUACGUGAGCUUCGACGGCAGGCGCUUCGACUUCAUGGGCACUUGCACCUACCUGCUGGUCGGCUCGUGUGGCCAGGCCCAGGCACUGCCUGACUUCCGGGUGCUGGUGGAGAACGAGCACCGAGGCAGCCAGAGCGUGAGCUACACGCGCGCCGUGCGGCUGGAGGCCCGCGGCGUGCAGGUGGAGGUGCGCAGGGAGCACCCCGGCCGAGUGCUGGUGGAUGGCAUCCUUCAGUACCUGCCCUUCCAAGCUGCAGAUGGACAGGUGGUGGCAUUCCGUGAGGGCAACGAUGCUGUUGUGCGCACGGACUUUGGCCUGACUGUCACCUAUAAUUGGGAUGCUCACGUGACUGUUAAGGUGCCUGGCAGCUAUGCUAAUGCCCUGUGUGGGCUCUGUGGCAACUUUAACGGAGACCCAAGUGAUGACCUGACUCUGCAGGGUGGAGGCCAAACGGACAGUGCACUGGAUUUUGGGAACAGCUGGCAGGAGGGGACAAGUCCUGGCUGUGGGGCAGUUGAUCCGGGUGACUGUCCUCAGCUGGAUUCCCUUGUGGCCCAGCAGCUGCAGAGCAAGAAGGAAUGUGGGGUUCUUGCUGACCCUGAGGGUCCUUUUCGGGAAUGUCACAUGCUGCUGGACCCCCAGGGCGCUGUGCGCGACUGUGUCUAUGACCGCUGCCUUCUGCCAGGACAGUCUGGGCCGCUGUGUGAUGCGCUGGCCUCAUACGCUGCUGUGUGCCAGGCUUUUGGGGCCACUGUGCACCCCUGGAGGAGUGAGGAACUUUGCCCAAUGACCUGCCCACCUCACAGCCACUUCGAAGUGUGUCACCGUGGCUGCCCUCUGUCCUGCGGAGACCUGCCGGUGCCUGGGGGCUGUGGCACAGAAUGCCAAGAGAGCUGCGUCUGUGACGAGGGCUUUGCCCUCAGUGGUGAGUCUUGCGUGCCCCUGGCCUCCUGUGGCUGCGUACACGAGGGUGUCUACCACCCACCAGGACAGACCUUUUAUCCUGGACCUGGAUGUGAUUCUCUUUGCCACUGCCAGGAGGGUGGCCUGGUUUCCUGUGAGCCCUCAACCUGUGGCCCACAUGAAGCCUGCCAGCCAUCCAAUGGCAUCCUGGGCUGUGUGCCUGUGAGCACCACCACUUGCCAGGCAUCAGGAGACCCACAUUACACCACCUUCGAUGGCCACCGCUUUGACUUCAUGGGCACCUGUGUGUACGUGUUGGCUCAGACCUGCGGGACCCGGCCCGGCCUGCACCAGUUUACCGUCCUGCAGGAGAACGAGGCUUGGGGCAAUGGGAAAGUCAGUGUGACCAAGGCCAUCACGGUCCAGGUGUCUAACUACACCCUGCGGCUGGAGCAGAAAAAGUGGAAGGUCACGGUGAAUGGUGUGGACAUGAAGUUCCCCGUGGUGCUGGAUGAGGGCCGGAUCCGUGUCUCUCAACAUGGCUCUGAUGUUGUUAUUGAGACAGAUUUUGGCCUGCGUGUGACCUAUGAUCUCAUGUACUAUGUACGGGUCACCAUCCCAGGAAACUACUAUCAACAGAUGUGUGGCCUGUGUGGGGACUAUGAUGGUGACCCCAAGGAUGACUUGCAAAAGCCUGAUGGUUCACAGGCAGCCAACCCCAAUGAGUUUGGCAACUCCUGGGAGGAGAUGGUGCCUGGCUCCCCCUGUGCCCCAGUACCUGAUGACUGCACCCCAGGGGAGGACUGCGGGGACAAGUGCAGCCCAGAGCUGCAGGACAAGUACCAGUCACAGCAGUUCUGCGGGCUCCUCACCAGCCCUGAAGGGCCACUGGCAGCCUGCCACAAGCUGCUGGACCCCCAGGGCCCCUUGCAAGACUGUGUCUUUGAUCUGUGCCUGGGCGGCGGGAACCUCAGCAUUCUCUGCAGCAACAUCCAUUCCUAUGUGAGCGCCUGCCAGGCGGCCGGAGGUCAGGUGGAGCCCUGGAGGACCGAAACUUUCUGUCCAAUGGAGUGUCCCCCUCACAGUCACUAUGAGCUCUGUGCGGACACCUGCUCCCUGGGGUGCGCGGCUCUCAGUGCCCCCCCACUGUGCCCGGAUGGGUGUGCUGAGGGCUGUGAAUGUGACUCUGGCUUCCUGUACAAUGGCAAGGACUGUGUGCCCAUCCAGGAAUGUGGCUGCUACCACAACGGGGUCUAUUAUGAGCCAGAGCAGACGGUACUCAUCGAAAACUGCCAGCAGCAGUGUGUUUGCCAUGCGGGCCAAGGCAUGGUGUGCCAGGAUCACAGCUGCAAGCCAGGGCAGGUGUGCCAGCCCUCCGAAGGGGUCUUGACAUGCAUCACCAAAGACCCAUGCCACGGUGUUACCUGCCGGCCACAGGAGACGUGCAAAGAGCAAGAUGGCCAGGGUGUGUGUGUGCCCAACUAUAACUCCACAUGCUGGCUGUGGGGUGACCCUCACUACCACUCCUUCGAUGGCUGGAACUUUGACUUCCAGGGCACCUGCAGCUACCUGUUGGCAGGAACUGGCUGCCCUGGGGUCAGUGUUCAAGGCCUGACCCCCUUCAGUGUCACCACCAAGAAUGAGAACCGGGGCAGCCCUGCUGUGUCCUAUGUGAAGCUGGUCACCGUGAACGCUCUCAACACCAACAUCUCCAUCCACAAGAACGAGAUUGGCAAAGUCCGGGUGAACGGAGUGCUCACAGCCUUGCCUGUGUCUGUGGCUGGCAGGCGGAUCUCAGUGACCCAUGGGGCCUCAAAGGCUGUGCUGGUGACAGACUUUGGGCUUCAGGUCACCUAUGACUGGAAUUGGCGGGUAGAGGUUACUCUGCCCAGCAGCUACCAUGGUGCGGUGUGCGGGCUCUGUGGAAACAUGGACCAGAACCCCAACAACGACAAAGUCUUCCCCAAUGGCACACAGGCUCCCUCUAUACCCACCUGGGGUGGCAGCUGGCAAGUUCCAGGCUGGGAUCCUCUUUGCUGGAAUGAAUGCCAAGGCUCCUGCCCAACAUGCCCCGAGGACCGGCUGGAAGAAUAUGAAGGUCCAGGCUUCUGUGGACCUCUGGCCCCUGGCACAGGAGGCCCCUUUGCCAGCUGCCAUGCCCAUGUGCCUCCUGAGAGCUUCUUCAAGGGCUGUGUGCUGGAUGUGUGCCUGGGUGGUGGUGCCCAAGACUUGCUUUGCCAGGCACUGGCUGCCUACGCUACUGCCUGCCAGGCCGCGGGCAUCGUCAUCAAGGACUGGAGGACGGAGACCGGCUGUGAGCUCCCCUGCCCUGACAACAGCCACUAUGAGCUCUGUGGCCCACCCUGCCCAGCCAGCUGCCCACCCCCUGGGCCUUCCACAAGGCCAGCUGCAUGUGACGGGCCCUGCACUGAGGGCUGCCAGUGUGACCAGGGCUUCGUGUUGAGUGCUGAUCGCUGUGUCCCCCUGGAUGGUGGCUGUGGCUGCUGGGCCAACGGCACCUACCACGAGCCAGGCAGCGAGUUUUGGACGGAUGCCACCUGCUCCCGACUGUGUUACUGUGGGCCUGGUGGUGGUUCCCUGGUCUGCUCAUCCGCCAGCUGUGGGCAGGGUGAAGAGUGUGCCUUGUUGCCCUCCGGCCAGAUCGGCUGCCAACCCGCCAGCACCGCCGAGUGCCAGGCCUGGGGUGAUCCCCAUUACAUCACCCUGGAUGGACAUCGAUUCGACUUCCAGGGCACCUGUGAGUACCUGCUGAGCGCGCCCUGCCACGCCCCACCCAAGGGGGCCGAAAACUUCACCGUCACUGUGGCCAACGAGCACAGGGGCAGCCAGGCGGUCAGCUACACCCGCAGCGUCACUCUGAAUAUCUAUGGGCACAGCCUGACCCUCAGUGCCCGCUGGCCCCGGAAGCUACAGGUGGACGGCGAGUUCGUGGCCCUGCCCUUCCGGCUGGCCCCGCGCCUGCACGCGUACGUGAGCGGCGCCGACGUGGUGGUGACCACGGCCUCGGGACUCUCGCUGGCCUUUGACGGGAACAGUUUCGUGCGCUUGCGCGUGCCCGCAGCCUACGCCGGCGCCCUCUGCGGCCUGUGUGGGAACUACAACCAAGAUCCCGGGGACGAUCUGACCGCAGUGAAGGGAGACCCUGCAGGCUGGCAGGUGGGCGGCGCCCCCGGCUGUGGGGAGUGCACGCCCGGACCUUGCCCGCAACCCUGCACGCCGGAGCAACAGGAGCCCUUCCGUGGCCCUGACGCCUGCGGUGUCAUUUCGGCCCCUGAUGGCCCACUGGCCCCCUGCCACAGCCUCGUGCCACCAGAGAAGUACUUUGAGGCUUGUUUGGUGGACGCCUGCCAGGUUCAAGGCCAUCCGGGAGGCCUUUGUCCUGCCGUGGCCACCUACGUGGCAGCUUGCCAGGCCGCCGGGGCCCAGCUUGAAGAAUGGAGGCGACCAGACUUCUGCCCCCUCCAGUGCUCUGCCAACAGCCACUACCAGCUGUGUGGCGACUCCUGCCCCGUGAGUUGCCCAAGCCUCUCAGCCCCUGAGGGCUGUGAAACCACCUGCCGUGAGGGCUGUGUCUGUGACUCCGGCUUUGUGCUCAGCGGUGACGCCUGUGUGCCUGUCGGCCAGUGCGGCUGCCUCCACGGUGGCCGCUACUACCCACUGGGUGCUGCCUUCUACCCGGGUCCUGAGUGCGAGCGGCGCUGCGAGUGUGGGCCAGGUGGCCAGGUCAGCUGCCAGGAGGGCGCAGCCUGUGGGCCGUAUGAGGAGUGCCGGAUUGACAAUGGUGUCCAAGCCUGCCAUCCCACAGGUUGUGGUCGCUGCCUGGCCAAUGGGGGCAUCCAUUAUGUCACCCUUGAUGGGCGGGUCUAUGACCUGCAUGGCUCCUGCUCCUAUGUCUUGGCCCAAGUCUGCCACCCAAAACCUGGUGACGAGGACUUUUCCAUUGUGCUUGAGAAGAGCUCAACUGGUGAUCCCCAACAAGUGGUGGUAACUGUGGCAGGCCAGGUUGUGGUCUUGGCUCAAGGGCCUCAGGUGAUUGUGGAUGGCGAGGCUGUGGCCCUACCUGUGGCUGUGGGCCAUGUGCGGGUGACUGCCGAAGGCCGAAACAUGAUUCUGCAGACCACCAAGGGGCUGAGGCUUCUCUUUGAUGGUGACACCCAUGUCCUCAUAUCCAUCCCUAGUCCCUUCCAUGGCCGUGUCUGUGGCCUCUGUGGCAACUUUAAUGGCAACUGGAGCGAUGACUUUGUGCUGCCCAGUGGUGCAGUGGCCCACAGUGUGGAGGCCUUUGGAGCUGCAUGGCGAGUUCCUAGCUCCUCCCCAGGCUGUGGUGAGGGCUGUGGGCCCAAAGGCUGCCCCGUGUGCUUGGCAGAGGAGACAGCAACCUAUGAAAACAACGAAGCCUGUGGGCGAAUCCGGGACCCCCAUGGCCCCUUCGCGACCUGCCACCAGGUGCUGAGUCCCUCUGAAUACUUCCGCCAAUGUGUGUAUGACCUGUGUGCCCACAAGGGUGACAGAGCCUACCUCUGCCGUGGCCUGGCAGCCUACACUGCAGCCUGCCAGGCAGCCGGUGCAGCUGUGAAGCCCUGGAGGACCGACAGCUUCUGCCCUCUCCAGUGCCCCGCCCACAGCCACUACUCCGUCUGCACACUCUCCUGCCAGGACUCCUGCGCAGCGCUCUCCGGUCUCACGGGCUGCACCAGCCGCUGCUUUGAAGGAUGCGAGUGUGACGAGCGCUUCCUGCUCUCCCAGGGCGCCUGCGUCCCUGCCCAAGAGUGCGGCUGCACCCAUGGUGGCCGGUACUUACCGGUGAACUCCUCCCUGCUGAGCUCAGACUGCAGCGAGCGCUGUUGCUGCUCCCUCAAGACCGGCCUGACGUGCCAUGCAGCCAGCUGUCCACUUGGCCAUGUCUGUGCAAUCCAGGCAGAAGCCCGAGUCUGCUGGGCUGCCCGAGGCCUCUGCUCCCUCUCUGUGGGUGCCAACCUCACCACCUUUGAUGGGGCCUACAGUGCUGUCAGCUCCCCUGGCAUCUAUGAGCUGUCUUCCCACUGCCCAGGACUCCAGAGUACCGUGCCCUGGUACCGUGUAGUUGCUGAUGUCCAGCACUGUGACGGCAGAGUUGAGGCUGUGGGUGAGGUCCACGUCUUCUUCCAGGAUGGAAUGGUGACCGUGACCCCAAGCAAGGGCGUAUGGGUGAAUGGUCUCCGAGUGGAUCUUCCGGCUGACGUGCUCACAUCGGUGUCCGUGAGGCGAGCACCCGAUGGUGCCAUGCUGGUCCGCCAGAAGGCAGGCAUCCAGGUGUGGCUUGGAACCGAUGGGCACCUGGCUGUGAUGGUCAGCGAUGACCAUGCUGGCAGGUUGUGUGGGGCCUGUGGAAACUUUGAUGGGGACCAGAGCAAUGAUGUUCACGACUCUCCGGGGAAGACAGCGAUGGAGAAGUGGCGAGCCCAGGACUUCUCCCCAUGGCUGCAAAACAAGUUCCUCAAUGGCAGUGAAGACUCCAUGACCUGCCUCCUGAGCCCCAGAGGCAUGGCAUCCCUGUGGAGCUGGCGGACGCUGUGGGCAGGAGCAGCCCUCCUGUGGGCUCUGAUCUCCCUAGGGGAGCCCUCCUGCCAAGGCGUUCAGUGUCCAGCUGGACAGCGCUGCCAGGUGGUGACGGGGAAGGCCAGGUGUGUGGCAGAGCCCACGGCUGUCUGCCGUGUCCUGGGCGACCCCCAUUACACCACCUUCGAUGGCCGUCGUUUUGACAUGAUGGGCACCUGCUCCUACACCAUGGCUGAGCUACGCAGCACCAAAGAGGCUCUGCUGGCUUUCAGAGUGGAAGCCAAGAACGAGCACCGCAGCAGCCGCCAAGUCUCCUACGUGGGCUUGGUCACCGUGCGUGCCUACAACCACUCAGUGUCACUGGUUCGUGGGGAGAUAGGCUUUGCCCGGAUCAACAAUCAGCGCUCACGCCUGCCGGCCUCCCUGAGUGGGGGUCGCCUGCGUGUGUACCAGAGUGGGACGCACGGCGUGGUGGAGCUGGACUUCGGGCUGGUGGUCACCUACAACUGGGAUUGCCAGCUGACCCUGCGCCUUCCCAAGCGCUUCCAAGACCAAGUGUGUGGGCUGUGUGGCAACUAUAAUGGUGACCCUGCUGAUGACUUCCUCACGCCUGAUGGGAAACUGGCAUCUGAUUCCCUGAAUUUCUCUAAAAGCUGGAAGCUGUAUGAUGGGGACCUCCUGUGUGAUGACGGCUGCCAGAGCAACUGUACCUCCUGCACUGCAGGCCAGGCCCAGUUCUAUGAGGGAAACCAGCUCUGUGGCAUGCUAACUCUGCCCUCGGGCCCCUUUGCAGCCUGCCACGAGUCCCUGGACCCCAAGCCCUUCCUGGAAGAUUGUGUGUAUGACAUGUGUGUGACCAGAGGGGCACAGCACAGCCUGUGCCAUAGCCUUGGUGCCUAUGCCCAGGCCUGCAUGGAGCUAGGUCUCCCUGUCCGCGAGUGGAGGCCACGAACCAACUGCGACAUAUCGUGUCCAGCCAACAGCCGCUACGACCCCUGCAGCUCCGCGUGCCCGGCCUCCUGCAACUCGGAAGCGCUUCCAGCCAACUGCUCGGGGCGGCCGUGCGUGGAGGGCUGUGUGUGUCUCCCGGGCUUCGUGGCCAGCGGCGGCGCCUGCGUGCCGGCCUCCGCGUGCGGGUGCACAUUCGAGGGUCGCCUGCUCGCACCAGGCCAGGAAGUGCUGGCCGACGACCUGUGCCGGAGACGCUGCACCUGCGAUGGCGCCACCCAGCAGGUGACCUGCCGCGACUCGGUGGGCUGCAGGUCAGGUGAGCGCUGCCGCGUGCAGGACGGCCUCCUAGGCUGCUACCCCAAAAACUUUGCCAGCUGCCAGGCGUAUGGGGACCCGCACUACAUGAGCUUAGAUGGACGGCCCUUCAACUUCAUGGGUACCUGCACGUACCUGCUGGUCGGCUCCUGCGGCCAGGACACAACGCUGCCCACCUUCCGGGUGCUGGUGGAAAAUGAGCGCCGAGGAAGGCAUACCUUCAUCAAUAGUCAGGCCAUUCGGGUGGAGGCUCUUGGUGUGAAGGUGGCCGUGCGCCGGGAGCACCCAGGACAAGUACUGGUGGAUGGCAUCCUUCACUUCCUGCCCUUCCAAGCCGCGGGUGGGAAAGUGGUGAUAUUCCGUCAGGGCAAUUACGCUGUUGUGCGCACCGACUUUGGCCUGACCAUCAGCUACGACUGGGACACCCAUGUGACGGCCAAGGUGCCCAGCACCUAUGCUGAGGCAGUGUGCGGGCUCUGUGGGAACUUCAAUGGGAACCCAAGCGAUGACCUGUCUCUGCGGAGUGGAGGCAAAGCUCCCCAUGCCUGGGCCUUUGGGAAGAGUUGGCAGGAGGAGACAAGACCUGGCUGCAUGACACUUGAACAGAUUCCCUGUCCCAAGAUGGGUGAAGCAAUGGCCAAACAGAGGAAAAGCAAAAAGGGGUGUGGGAAGUUUGUUGACCCAAAGGGCCCCUUCCAGGAGUGCCACUAUUUGCCCAUGUUCAACAACUCCAUAGUAGACUGUGUCUAUGACAGCUUCUUACUAUUUGGCCUGCCUAAGGCAAUGUGCAACUCACUGGCCACAUACACAGCCAUAUGCCAAGCUGCUGGGAUCACUAUACACCCCUGGAGGAGUGAAGAACUUUGCCCACCAAGAUGCCCACCUCACAGCCACUAUGAGUUAUGUCACCGCGGCUGCCUUCUGUCCUGCGGAGACCUGCCAGUGCCAGGGGGCUGUGGCACAGAAUGCCGAGAGAGCUGCGUCUGUGAUGAGGGCUUUGCUCUCAGUGGUGAUUUGUGCGUGCCCCUGGCCUCCUGUGGCUGCGUAUACCAGGGCAUCUACCACCCUCCAGGACAGUCUUUCUAUGCUGGACCUGGGUGUAACUCCCUUUGCCAGUGCCACAAGGGUGGCCUGGUUUCCUGUCAGCCCUCAUUCUGCAGCCCUUAUGAGGUGUGCAAGCCGGCCAAUGGCAUCCUGGGCUGUGUGUCUGUGACCACCGCCACCUGCCGCGCAUCAGGCCCACAUUACACCACCUUCGAUGGCCGCCGCUUUGACUUCAUUGGCACCUGUGUGUACGUGCUGGCUCAGACCUGUGGGACCCAGCCCGGCCUGCACCAGUUUACCGUCCUGCAGCAGAAUGAGGCUUGGGGCAAUGGGAAAGUCAGUGUGACCAAGGCCAUCACGGUCCAGGUGGCUAACUACACCCUGCGGCUGGAGCAGAACAAGUGGAAGGUCACGGUGAACGGUUUGGACAUGAAGAUGCCUGUAGUGCUCUCUAAAGGCUUCCUUCGUGCCUCCCAGCAAGGCUCAGAUGUGGUCAUCAAAACCGAGUUUGGCUUGCACGUGGCCUACAACUUCAGGUACAGUGUGCGGGUCACCAUCCCAGGCAGUUACUAUAAACAGAUGUGUGGCCUGUGUGGAGACUAUGAUGGCGACCCCAAGAAUGAUUUCCAGAACCCUGAUGGCUCCCAGGCAGCCAACCCCGAGGAGUUCAGCCAUUCCUGGAAGAAGGUGGAGCCUGGCUCACUCUGCACGCCAGUGCCUGUCUGCAAACCAGGCAGUGGCUGUGACAUGAAAUGCAGCCCCGAGCUGCAGGACAAGUACCAGACACAGCAGUUCUGUGGGCUGCUCACCAGCACCAGUGGGCCACUGGCUGCCUGCCACAAGCUGCUGGAUCCCCAGGGCCCCUCGCAAGACUGUGUCUUUGAUCUGUGCCUGGGUGGCGGGAACCUCAGCAUUCUCUGCAGCAACAUCCAGGCCUAUGUGAGCGCCUGCCAAGCAGCUGGAGGUUGGGUGGAGCCCUGGAGGAGCAAAACUUUCUGUCCAAUGGAGUGCCCCCCUCACAGUCACUAUGAGCUCUGUGCGGACACCUGCUCCCUGGGCUGUGCGGCUCUCAACGUCCCACAGCAGUGCCCAGAUGGGUGUGCCGAGGGCUGUGAAUGUGACCUCAGCUUCCUGUACAAUGGCAAGGACUGUGUGCCCAUCCACGAAUGUGGCUGCUACCACAACGGGGUCUACUAUGAGCCAGAGCAGACGGUACUCAUCGAAAACUGCCAGCAGCAGUGUGUUUGCCACGUGGUCCAAGGCUUGGUGUGCCAGGAUCACAGCUGCAAGCCAGGGCAGGUGUGCCAGCCCUCCGAAGGGGUCCUGACAUGCAUCACCAAAGGGCCAUGGGGACCUCAAGGAGCACCCUACAGCAGACACAGUGAGCGGCCCCUGCAGAGCAUGAAGAAAGACAAGAACUGGGAAGGGCCUCACAGGAAGCUGUCUCAGACCUCACUGGAGAGGGCACUGCCACAGCUGCUGGGUGGCAGAGGACCCUGCAGGCUGGAGUUGCAGGCAUGAAACCCCCCUGAGAUGCUGCCAAAGCUCCCAUGGAAGCAGCCACCUGAGUGGCCGAAGUGUCUAUCAGGGAAGCCAGUGGAAGCUACUGAAACAGGCUUCACACAUGCCACAGACCUCACACACCACCAGCAGCUGGAGGAACAGAGCAGGUGACAAACGGGCCAGGAAUGGUCCCAUCUUCCCGCAGUGACUCCCAAGUGCCCUCUGCUGACAGAGCUUUUAAAAGGAGGACAGGUUGAAGUCAGAGGCAAUCCAUGGAGCACCACCCAGGAGGCUGAAGAGGGUGUGAAGGCAGGAGGCAAUCCACAGAGCACUGCCCAUGAGGCAGAGGAGCAUGUGAAAGCAGGAGGCAAUCCAUGGAGCACCGCCUGAGGCAGAGGAGGGUGUGAAGGCUGGAGUCAAUCCAUGGAGCACCGCCCGUGAAGCACAGGAGUGUGUGAAGGCUAGCUUUAGACACGAGGCAUCCCAAAGCUGGAGUCAGACACAGGAAUGAUAAUGGUGGUGGGGAGGUAGAACCCUUGGAGGACAAAGUUUCAGAAAUGCGGGUCGAAAGGCUGACCUCAACAACACCCAUGAAUUGUGAAUUGUCUGUGAGGCGGGAACCCAACGGCGCCAUGCUGCUCCACCAGACGGCAGCAGGCCAGGUGUGGCUUGGAACUCAUGAGCAGCUGGCUGUGAUGGUCAGCGAAGACCAUGCUGGCAGGCUGUGUGGGGCCUGUGGAAACUUUGAUGGGAGCAGAGCUAUGAUAUUCCUGCUCUCCGGGGAAGACAAGACAGCGAUGGAGAAGUGGCGAGUCCAGGACUUCUCCCCAUGUUACAAGUGACCCGUCCAUCAGUUCCUCAAUGGCAGUGAAGACUCCAUGACCUGCCUCCUGAGCCCCAGAGGUACCAGCGAUGACAGGAAGCCCCGUGUGCCCGCCCCUGUCCCAGCCCUGUUGUGACAGCAUUGAGUAAAUAUCUCAACCAAGCUGCA